CCGCCGACGCAACACACACUCAGCAUGUACAAGCUCGUGAUCCUGCCACUGCUGUUCGCCGCCGCGUCGGCCGGCUUCCUGCGAGGCGCAGCCAUCGCGCCGGCAGCCAUCGCCGCCCCUGCAAUCGCGCCUGCUGCCAUCGCCGCCCCCGCCAUCGCCGCACCCGUGGCCUUGGCCGCCCCCGCCAUCGCUGCCGCCCCCGCUGUGGCUGUGGCUCCCGCUCUGCCUGCGGCCCCGCUGGCUGUUGCUGCCCCUGCCAUCGCUGCUCCGGUGUCCUACGCCGCCGCAGCGCCUAUCCUCAAGAUACAUUAGUAAAACCUUGCUGAAGACAGAUUGCAUCUUGUACGUAAAUAAAUGACACGACUUUCAUAUAUCA